GAGUCCCUUCCUGUGUUUGUGUUUGCAUCCGGGUUCUCAGGCUUCCUCAGUCCUCACCGGCUGGAGUCGCUGGCGGGUUGCUGGGUGUGUUAGCUCCGGCUCUUCGGUCGUUGGAUGAGGCUGUAGGUCCGCCGGUUUCAACCUCUUGGACCGAGAGCUGUGCAUCACCCAUAAUGAGGCUUGUAAUUCUUGAUAACUAUGACUUGGCCAGCGAAUGGGCAGCCAAGUACAUCUGCAAUCGUAUCAUAAAAUUCAAACCCGGACAGGACAGGUACUUUUCCCUGGGCUUACCAACAGGGAGUACACCUUUAGGAUGUUAUAAAAAGCUAAUCGAAUACCACAAGAGUGGAAACCUUUCAUUUAAAUAUGUGAAGACUUUUAACAUGGAUGAAUAUGUCGGACUUCCAAGAAACCACCCUGAAAGUUACCAUUCUUAUAUGUGGAAUAACUUCUUUAAGCAUAUCGAUAUAGAUCCGAACAAUGCUCACAUCCUCGAUGGGAACGCUGCAGAUCUGCAGGCAGAGUGUGAUGCAUUUGAGGAGAAAAUCAAAGAAGCUGGAGGAAUAGACCUUUUUGUUGGAGGGUUUGGUUAAUAAAAACACUAAGAACUGUGCCAAAUGGGAUCAAAAUAUCAGCUUUAUGAAAGGUAAAGUUGGGCUAGAGACUGUAGGUCGGGCUUGAAGCCAGUAUUGGUUUUCUCCCCACUGUGAAUCGGCCUAGGACUAGAAGAGUCUAAGAACGUAAAUUCACUGCUGUUCACCCAGGGAAUUAGAACGUGGGUUCCUUUCCCUCGGGAGAAAAGAGAAAAGGGGAAACAAUACUCGGAGAGCUUUCAUUCUUCCUCGGAUGGCAGAAAUGUUAAGAAAGGUAAGGUCCAUCCUAGGUAUCUCAGGAGGACCCAGCGCUAAGGUGUAGAUAAAGAAACUUAAGUGUAAUUACUUAAAUUUUGAUAUAUAAAAUUUAAAGAAGACUGGGGGAAACUUUCAUACUUGUUUAAUUGUUGCAGAAGCCUUUGGCAAUAGCUGGGUAACUAGAAGGGGACUCAUGGUGUGUUCAUUGAAAUGAUUCUGGUAUCGUUCACCAAUUCUAGAGAAGGGAUCAAGCACUGAUUGUUUGGAAAGACCCAGAGAGCCUCAGCUCUCAGAAGCAACGGCCCCUUAGCCAGCAGCUGUCGUGUAGUUCCAUGUUUGUGUUUCCUUUGUUUCUGUGCAUCAGGUAAAGAUCAGCUCUAGAGAGAUUUCCCUUGCUUCAGCUUGGAGUCCUUUUCUCUUGCCACUCCCACCCAGUAUGAUAGGGACAUAAGGAAUUACCUUUGAGAUCCUCACUCCCUGACCCCCGCUACCUAUAGUGAGGAGUGGAGCAGAAGCUGUGUAGCGGGGAGAAACUGCAGAGCCAACCAACGAGAAGUAUCAUGCAUUAAUUCAUUCAGCUCUCCCUUAUUGAGUGUCUCUUGGGUGUAAUGUUUUCUACUGAGCAGUAAUGAGACGCACAAAGCCUUACUCAAAGGAAGUUUACAAACCACCCACAGAACUCUAGGAACGAAGGGAAGAUGUCUAACAUAAUCCCACCAGUGAGUUCCUGAGAGGAUGCUGAGACCCUAAUGUAAAUGUGAAGGACGCAGAGCUAGUGGAACAUAAAGCAUGAUCAGGAAUGACAGUCUGUCAGUUGUGGCAGAAAGCAGCUGUCGUGGUGCUCUUCUAAUAGUACACUUGACCGAAUCUCAGGUCAUCCGUAUGCUCUCUGUGGCCUAGGUCACCACUAAACACAUCAAUAAUAGGGGACCUCUGAUUAGUUUUCUGAAGGUUUUAUGUUUCUAGCUCUAACCUUUCUUCUGUGUGCAUAUAAAGACAGUAUACAAAUACUGCAUUUGUAUACCCAAGAGUAAAGCAGUAUAUUGAAAAAAUGCAUUCAAGUGUAAUUAAAACAUAUUAGAAACUAAGUCUGUACUUAGGAAUGGAAAUAAUACUUGAAUAUUAACCAUAUGUAAGUCCUUAUUAAAAAUGUACAUCCCCACAUUAAUCACUGAUAGGUUGUUAUGUUUUAGAACAUUUGCUUCAUACUGUGUUUUUCUUAAUCCUUCGAAACUAGAUUGUAGCUUGCUAUAUUUUAUUAUGGCUUGAGAAACUUACCUAUACAACAAGUAUCAGUGAAAUAUACCUGUUGUCUCCUUAAUGUAAACAUGUGGAGUAUACAUGUAAGAGAUUUUAAUUAGAGAAUUGGUGGGUUUAGUUUUUAAUGGAAGUUGCUCUAAGUCUGGUAACUAGGAUACAUUUUAAAAGGUUCUUGAUUUUAUGAAGGGAAUUACCUUUAAUUGUCUUCAAAUAAGAAAUACCAUGUUCUUUUUGAUAUUUUAGAAGCCAUCAUAGAAUAUAGCAGGUGUGUAUAGGUCACUGUAGUUGUUACCUGUAUGUCAUGAAAUCAGUCUAGCCAUUAAUAGCCAGCAUUCCCUUCUUGCAGGACUAAGGAAAUGAAGUGUAACAGAAAAGACCAUGCAUGUAUUCCAGUAAAGCCAAGUGUAAUUUUAUGCAUUUUGUUUGUUUGGUUGUAUUUUACGUGUGUGUGUGUGUGUGUGUGUGUGUGUGUGUGUGUAUUCAAUUGUAGAGAAAAAUCAGAAAGCUUGAAAUGCACCUAUUGUCUUAUGCAAAUUCAUGAGGAAACUAAACUAAAAGGGAACCGUAGUUAAUUACCUGCCCUAAACGGAAGGAAAGCAAAGCACAGUGAGGAUAUACAGACCCAGGCGCAGGCAGUAGUCAGACGGCUAAGACUUGAAUGUAUCUCUUUGUUUACUAAACUGCAGCCCUGAAUAUCAGCAACAGUUGAGGCGUUCACUUCCGUUCCUUUUUGUGUUCCCAAAAAGUAGCCACAAAAUUACCAGAUACUAUAUGUUGUGUAAAUGCUUUCUAAGCCUGUAGUGCUAUAUAAAUGUGAUGCUUCCCUGCUAUCACUAGGACUACAUACAUGUCAUCCCAUGCUGUGUAUUCAGCACAUAUGAAAAUACUAAAUGAAAUGCAGACACAAACAUUGUAAUCCAAUAGUAUGAAUUCAGUUCUAAAAUAAGGUAAGUAUGCUUGUGGUUAUUUCUUUGCCUUUUAUAACUAUGUUGAAAUUUGAGAAAAUAUA